UUUUGAUGGGUAGUGUAUGUAAGACAAUUCAUAAAACUCAAGUAAUUGAGAAUGGUGUAUUUGAGUUUUAAUAGGUUAUGGAAACUAAAGCCUGUGAAAUAAAAAGUGAUUUACCAGAAGUUUAAGAGAAAUGUGCAACAAAAAUAUAGGCUUUGUAUAGGGGUCAUUCAGUACGUAAGUAGGUAUUGAGUACAUCAUAAAUAAAAAGAAAAAAGAAGUAGAGGAUUCUUUUCCACCUUUAAAAGAUGUAGCAGUUCCGAUUGAAUAAGUUCCUGAGAUAUAUCAUCAUACAGUUUCAAAAGUUCUAUUGUAAUUAGGACCUUUUGAUGAUUCAAAGUGUCAAACAAUGAUGGGAGUUAAAACAUUACCUGCUUAUUAAUUUGUUGAGAAGGGAGGAAUUUAUAUAGGUUAAUGGAAAAAUCAUAAAAGAAAUGGUAAAGGAAAAUAUAUAUUUCCGGAUGGUUCUUUAUAUGAAGGAUCUUGGGUAGAUGAUAAAGCAAAUGGUUAUGGUAGGUUAAUAGUUUAUACAGGGGAUUAUUAUAAAGGAGAGUGGAAGAAUGAUAAGAAUGAUGGUUAUGGUAUUUAUGUACAUUCUGAUAAAUCUUAAUAUGAAGGAUUUUGGAAGGAUGAUUAUAGACAUGGAUAAGGAACUGAAACAUGGGCUGAUAAAUCUGCUAUUUAUGAUGGCAGCUUUUAUAUGGGAGUAAAAGAAGGUUAUGGAAUAUAUAAAUGGGCUGAUGGAUCUAAUUAUGAAGGAGGAUUUAGAAAUAACUAAUUUUAAGGAUAAGGAAUUUAUUUAUGGUCUAAUGGUAGUAAAUAUGAUGGAUAUUGGUAAAAUAAUAAGAUGAAUGGUUAAGGUGUUAUGACAUGGGCAGAUGGUAGAAAAUAUAUAGGUAUAAUUCUUUAUCUUAUAAGGGGAGUUAUAAGGAUAAUAAAAAAGAUGGUUAUGGUGAAUUCUAUUGGCCUGAUGGUAGAAUUUAUAAAGGAUAAUGGUAAAAUGGAUUACAGCAUGGAGAAGGGAUUAAUAUUGAUAAAAAUGGUAAAUAAACAUCAGGAG